AUGUCUGAGAUCGACAAUUCUGAAAUGGAAAACAACGACUUCUUUGCCGACCAGGGUCCCUCAGAAAACUCGACCGCUCACCAAAGAACCAGCACAGGACAAGAAGCUGUUACGGGUAAGAGGACAGAGACACCAAGAGGCCGCCAGCCCUCCCGCACCGUCCGUCACACCCCAAAACGACGAAGCAACACGGCGUCAUCUAGUCCGCCAUCCAGGGCAUCAGCAGCUUCUUCCGCCUCUUCCUACACCUCGGCUCAACGCUCGAUUCCUGAGAUGAGGAAAUGGACAGUCGUAACCCUGAGACAGGCUCUAGAAAAUGCAGACAUCCCUUUCUCCAAGAAGGCAACAAAGGCGGAGUUAAACCACCUAUACACCUCCAGCCUGCCCGGAGUUCUAACAACCGCUCCGACAUCAAAACUAAAAGCCGCUGACAAGACCUGCAGCACCACAAUCCUCCAACACCAGGAAUCGUCUACUCCAACCGCGGCUAGGAAGAGGCGCCGUUCACCAAGCACGCGCCCGCCAGCGGCAACCCUCCCUACCCUAUCCCACUAUCCUCCGUCCCACUUUCCCUCCGGUCUCUGGCCUGCAGCCCCAAUGCCUUCAGAUACCGCGAGGUUGCCUCCGGCACAGGCGCAGGCCCAAACCUUUUUCAAUUUUCCUAUUGCCACAGGCUCUGGAGCCGCACAAAGCAUGAUGCUGCAUCCGUACGCGGCUCCAGCAGCCGCCCCCUUAUUCCACAACACUCUAUCCUACCCUAGCCACUGGCCUGCAGCCACACUGCCAAUUGAUAACGCGAGGCUGCCUCCGUUACAGGCACAGGCGCAGGUUCAAGCUUCCUCUCCAUUUCCUAUUGCCUCAGGCUCUGGAGCCGCCCAAAGCGUGAUGCUGCAUCCGUACGCGGCUCCAGCAGCCGCCCCUUUGUUCCCACACACCACAUCCCGUGCCGCCUUCACCAUUCACUCCGCAACACCAAUAGCCAUCCCCCCGAACGCACCAGCCUGGGAACCUCCUCCCGUAGCCAGCAACAUUACGGACCAGAUAUUAGCCGAAGUUCAGGCAGCUAGUUUCAGAAGCAGUCCAACACCCCACCCUAGUACCUCCCUAUUCGUAACCAAUAUUCCCCUAGGCCACCCACUGAAGCCCCUCCUUGACGUCUCUCUCAGCCACAUCAUCCUCUCAGUCUCCCCCAGGACCCUACAAUCUUAUCUCACAGCUUGGAAAUGUUUCAAAUCGUUCCACGCUAAAUUCAUCCUAACAUUCCCAGACUUCUCAAUGCUAGCCAUCACCUCAUUCAUCUCCCACCUAAACACCUCAAAAAACCUCCAAGCCAGUUCCAUUAAAGGAUACCUAAGCGGAUUACAAUUUUUCCACAAACUCAUUUUCGGAUCACCUUCACCCCAAAUAGCCAGCUCACAGACCUCCAUGCUGAUCAAAGGCAUCCAAAGAGCCCACCCCUCCCGCCCUGACCCCAGAAAACCCAUAACACUAGAAAUACUAACUAAGUGCAUAAUCACUCUCCGCCAAGGCUACCACUCCACGCACACUGCCCGCACACUGGACGCCAUGUUCCUAUUAGCUUUUUUCGGUUUCCUCAGAUGUUCAGAACUCACAAUCACAUCCAAAUUCAAUCCAGACAUCCACCCCACCAUUUCAGAUCUCUCCGUAAUGAAUGACGACACAAUAUAUUACUUUAUUAAACAGAGUAAGACAGACCAAACAAAGAGAGGCCAUCUAAUAUACAUAUUUAAUCUACCAUCAGCUCUCCAACCAUACCAAACCCUCCAAGCCUACCUCCAGCUCAGAAGCACACAAACCCUAAUCCCCUCCGACCCUCUCUUCGUAGACGAUUUCAACCGCCCCACCACGCGUUUCUGGUUCCAGAAACACCUCAAGCUAGUCUUGAUCCAAUCAGGCAUCCCAGCCGAUAACUUUUCCAGCCACUCCUUCAGAAUCGGAGCAGCCACAACAGCGGCCCAAAAAGGACUCUCCCAGCACCAAAUCCAAACACUCGGCAGUUGGUCUUCAGAAGCUUUCAAAAGCUACAUUCGUUCCGAUCGUUCCCACAUUAAAGAAGCACACCGAACCCUCAUCAACCAAAACCGUUAA